GCGCCCGCCGGCGGCGGCUUCCGCGCUGGCGCAGGCGCAGUAGCCCAUUCGAAGAGCCGCUGAGUGGGGGAAGAGUGGAUCUGCCGCCGCCGGCCCCAGGAUGGUACUGGAGAGCGUGGCCCGCAUCGUGAAGGUACAGCUCCCCGCCUAUCUUAAGCAGCUCCCAGUCCCGGAGAGCAUUACGGGGUUCGCCCGGCUCACAGUUUCAGAAUGGCUUCGCUUGCUGCCUUUCCUGGGUGUACUCGCACUCCUUGGCUACCUUGCAGUUCGUCCCUUCCUCCAGAAGAAAAAACAGCAGAAGGAUAGUUUGAUUAAUCUUAAAAUACAGAAGGAGAAUCCCAAAGUGGUGAAUGAAAUAAACAUUGAAGAUCUGUGUCUUGCGAAAGCAGCUUAUUGUAGGUGUUGGCGUUCUAAGACGUUUCCUGCCUGUGAUGGUUCCCAUAAUAAGCAUAAUGAAUUAACAGGAGAUAAUGUUGGUCCACUCAUACUGAAGAAGAAAGAAGUAUAACAGUAAUGACUUAGGAUUGGUCCAGUAUGUGCUGUAACAUCUUAAAAUAUUUCUCAUUCUUUGUGUAUAGAAAAUCUUUUGAAAUGGUGGUCUUAAUUAUUACUCCUAGUUGAAUAAUUAUUUCUGCCAAUUUAUUUUCUUGCUAUAUUGCUGCUUAUAUUUGAUACUUUUAUAGUCAGGCAUUUUUAGAGAAAUUGUGGAGCUUUCUGAUUUCAGAGAGUCAGUGUAUCUUUCACCAAUAAAAUCAAUAUUUUCUUUUUAGUU